AUUGAAAUUUGAAUUGAGUGAGUCAAAGAAAAGAAAAUAAUUGUCAAACAAAAUGUCAGAAGAUGAACAAUUAUUAUUGUUGUAAAAAAUCUAUACUAUAGACUUAUUAACAAACAACAGUGUUUCGUGGUUACCAUUUAAUUAUAAAUGCCAGUUGUAUUACUACAAUACCAUACCAUGUUCGAAGAGUGUUAGCUGUAGUCAAUUUCAGCCUCGGUGCAGAGAUCAGCUUUGCUUUUUUUGUGUCGUUCCAAAAUUCAUCACAAAACUGCCCCGAUGCCUGUAAGCAUCAAAACCCUCGGGGCAACAUGUAUGACAUGUUGUCAGAAUUCCGAGUAUCAGAGUUCGAUUCAUUUGUGGAUAUACUGAGAUUGUCUCCCCGCGACGCUCUCGACACAUUCGGCGAGAUGUGGUAUCCAGUGUUUUUGUGGUCAUUGUGCUCGUCCGUGUUCGUUCACACUUGCGCAGCCCUCGUUGCUUUUGGUACUCUAAGGAAGCAUAAGUAUGGAAAGUUUUUCCCUGUGUUACUUAUAGUGAUGGGUGUCGUGAGUCCAGUGACCUCGGGCGUAGCGAGUAGUGCAGCUGUAGCUUUUAUAUAUCGUGCUGCCGACUUGGCCAUGCCCCCCAUACAUGCCAUGAUAUGGGGCAUAGGACAGACUAUACUUGGUGCAGGUAUCGGCUUCACAAGGAUUUUAGCUACAUUGUAAUAUAUCUAAAUUGGAAAGUAAUAACAGUGCAAACUGAAAAGUUUGAAACUACAGUAAUGUCAAUUAUCAUAGUUAAUAGUAUGAUAAACAAUCUAAGGAGAAGGUGCUGAAUGUUGCUUGGUUUCCUAAUGGGUUAGCGGUACAAGUUGUAAUUAUAUACAUAUAUAAAAUACUCAUUAGUGUAAUAAAUUAUGCUCGCUAUUACAACUGACAGCUCACUCUUCAAAGGUUACCUGUAGGUACUGUACCUAUGAAUAUCAGUGAUGAUAGAGAUUGUUGUCAUUGGCUUAGUUUACAAUGUAUACCUUAGUGGACAAGUAUCUGCCAAACAGAAAGCAUUGCAAUCAUCACUUCUUACUAUCACUCCACUAUAUUGUGUGUUAUAGAUAUAUUAUACUCUUCACUUAGUAAAAAUGUAUUGGAAUGUUAAAUAUACAAUAUGAUCACAACUGUAGUAAAAAAAUGUAGUAUUGAUAGAUAUAGUGUAAUGGCCAGCAAAUAUUUCAGUUCUGUAAAAAGAUCUUAAUUUAAGUUGUUAAUAUUUAGUAUUAUUAUGAUUUAUUUUAUCCAUAUGACUGAGUUUUGACCAAGUUACUAGCCAUAUAUGUACUUUGAAUAAGUGGCAUGCAGUAAAAUUAGUAGAAAGUACAUUAAAAUUGAUUCAGUUAUUAAUACUAUUAUUAUCUAUAUAUAUAAAAAUGAAUUGUUGUUUGUUAGUCUCUCUAAAACUUGAGAAUGGCUAAACAGAUUUAUCUUAUCUUGAUCUUGAAAUGUUUGUGGAGGUAUUGGGAAGGUUAAAAAAUCAGAAUAAUUGCCAGAAAAACAACCCUUUUCUAUUUCCCAUACAAACUUUUAAGAGUCUAGGGGUAGGGGUAGAAUAGUGUAGAGUAGGGAUAGGGAAGAAGUGCACAUAAGUAAAAAGCAAAGCUUGACCGGGUCUGCUAGUUACUAAUAAAAAUUAUUUAUUGAUACUCAUUACCUGCCUUGCCUAGAAGCACACUGCAUGCCACUGUUUGAAAUGUAGUAAAAUAUAAACACAAUUGCAUUCCCUGAAUAAAUUGUAUAUUGUUUAUUUUAAUAAAAAUGUUUAUUUCAAUAUACUUACAUAAUAUUUUAUAAAUGAAUGUAGUUGACAUUAUCAAUGAGUUAUUUUAUUGAUCUUAACUUACUCAUAAAUAAUUGAGACCCACCGAAAUCUGAAAAUUAACCCACUGGAUCCUGUAAUGGCUAGACCAACCUCAUUUUAGGAAGGUCUAGCUGUUGCAGACUCUCUGUCUAUACUGAUUGUGUAAUUAAUUAUUAUAGCUUUAAAAAGUACUAAGUGCAAUGGGUUAAUUUUGAAUAUUGUAAAUAUUAGUCAAAAUUUAUAUAAUUGGCAAGGACAUAUUUUGUGUAUAUAAUCUGGAGAAUUAUUUAAUUUUUAAUAUAGAAUAAUUAAAUAUUAUUUUAUUAAAUUUGCUAGUGUACUUACGUAAAACAUUUUCAUGAUCAAUAAAAAAUAUUGUUAAUUUAGUUUUUUGUCAUAAUUAUUAUUAAUUAUAUAAUGGUGGUCUUAAAUGCAAUAAUUUAUUAUCAAACAAAUGUGAAUUUUGAAUGUCACAGAAUUUUUAUUAUUAUUUUAAUAUGAGAAUAUAUUUAAUAAUUCAAAUAUUCUAAAAGGCUGAUUUAGCAGUCUUCAAAAUUGUAUAUUACACCAUAUUCAUAUAGUUUUGCUAGUGUGAAAAUUGUUAAAAUGAUCAUCAGUCUAACAUGUGUAGACUCUGCAAUAUUACAAAGUAUUAUAAUUUGGGUGUAUAGUAUAAAUUUUAUAUAGGAAAAGUAUUACAAAAUGUAUCAACUUUUUAAAUAUCUAAAAAGGGAAAGAAUAAACUUGGUUUUAAUAUAAAAAUUGA